UGUAAAUUGAAACUAUAUUGCACCACAAAAAUCUAUUUUGGGAAAAAAAAAGAGGAAACAAGGUUGGUAGGCGAAUGGAAGUAUGGAGCUACUCACCGAUAAGGAUAUACUCCGUAUUUAUAUCGCACGCAGCUACCGUUCUACUUGAGUGACCCACGCAUUCCCAGUCAAUUACCUAUCUAUAAAUGUAUGGAUCACACAAAUUAGAGGAGGAAGAAGAAACAGCAUUUCCUAAAAAUACAAUGGCCGUGCUUACCGUGACCCAGCUGCUGUCCACUCUCGUCCUAGCUGUUUUGGUGUACUCUCUGGUGGCAAAAGCAAAACGUCGCCGUCACUCACCGCCAUUGCCACCUGGACCGAAGCCGUGGCCGGUCAUCGGCAACCUGCCCCACCUCGGCCCGAAGCCGCACCAGUCGAUCGCGGCGCUGGCGCGGACGUACGGCCCCCUGAUGUACCUCCGGCUAGGGUCCGUCGACGUCGUGGUGGCGGCCUCCGCCUCCGUCGCGGCCCAGUUCCUGAAAGCGCACGACGCCAACUUCUCCAGCCGGCCGCCCAACUCCGGCGCCAAGCACAUAGCUUAUAACUACCAGGAUCUCGUUUUCGCCCCCUAUGGCCCACGCUGGCGAAUGCUCCGGAAGAUCUGCUCCGUCCAUCUCUUCUCCGCUAAGGCCUUAGAUGACUUUUGCCAUGUCCGCCAGGAGGAAGUGGGCGUGCUCACGCGCGCCCUAGCAAGUGCAGGCAAAUGUCCGGUGAAACUGGACCAGUUACUGAACGUGUGCGCCACCAAUGCUCUCAGCCGCGUGAUGAUAGGCCGAAAGGUGUUCGCCGACCACACAACGAACAGAGGCGGCAAAAGCGACCCGAAGGCGGACGAGUUCAAGUCAAUGGUGGUGGAGAUGAUGAUGCUGGCCGGCGUGUUUAACGUCGGCGAUUUCAUCCCGGCGGUGGAGUGGCUGGACUUGCAGGGGAUCGCGGGGAAGAUGAAGAAGCUUCACGCGCGGCUGGACGCGUUCCUGAACACGAUAGUGGAGGAGCACAAAAUGAACGGCGUGAAAACGUCGCGUGACGUGGACUUUUUGAGCACUCUAAUGUCGCUGACAGCAGAUGCGGUGGAUGAUCAGGGGGCGAAGCUCACCCAUACAGAAAUAAAGGCUCUGCUCUUGAAUUUGUUUACAGCUGGCACUGAUACAUCGUCCAGUACUGUGGAAUGGGCCAUUGCGGAACUGCUACGCAACCCAAAAAUCCUAAAGCAAGCCCAAGAAGAACUGGACAGAGUAAUCGGCCCAGAUCGAGUUGUAAAGGAAUCAGAUUUGGCCCAAUUACCAUUCCUGCAGGCAAUUGUCAAAGAAACCUUCCGGCUUCACCCAUCGACUCCCCUCUCUCUUCCCAGAAUGGCAGCCCAGAGCUGCGAGAUCAACGGCUACUUUGUUCCCAAAGGCGCGACGCUUCUCGUCAACGUCUGGGCUAUAGCCCGUGACCCGGACGCGUGGACGGACCCUCUCGAGUUCAUCCCGGCCCGGUUCCUCCCGGGAGGAGAAAAGCCCAAUGCGGAUGUGAGAGGCAAUGAUUUUGAAGUGAUCCCGUUUGGAGCAGGGCGUCGAAUUUGUUCUGGGAUGAGUUUGGGCCUGAGGAUGGUCCAAUUGCUGGUGGCAACUUUGGUCCACGCUUUUGAUUGGGAGUUGCCCAAUGGGCAGUCUGCGGAGAAACUCAACAUGGAAGAGGCUUAUGGGCUUACUCUUCAACGGGCUGAGCCUUUAAUUGUGCACGCCAUGCCCAGAUUGAAACCCCAUGUCUAUUGCGACUCGGAAAUGUAAUCCUACGUAUGUGAACUGUUCUUCUUUAAAUGCGAAGCCGGAUGUUUGACUAUAUUAGAUUUGCACCAGGUUUGGUAAAUGGCUGAUCAGCCAAAAAUUAGUUUCUUGUACCAAUUUUUAUCUGGUUGAUAUGAUUCAAAAAAAAUGUUUGGCAAAUAACUAUUCUAAUCGGAGAUUUUAUUUUAAUCGCUGCCCUGUGUAGUGUUUUGGAAAUUGGAACAGCUUCAUAAAAACUAAACGACCAUGCUACCCGCAAAUUAUACCGUGGGAUCCCUAAACGGUGGCGUUUAAUUAAAAAAAAAGCUGUGUUAUCCUUCACAGAAGCCCUGCACGCUACCGCCAAGCGUCACAUUGGACCUGGUCAACACAAAUCAAAGCAAUCCUACUUAGUUUUGGCUUUGGCUGAUUACAACGAUCUCAUCCAGCGACCAAAUAAUCAUGUGUGUGAAUGGAUGAUUUGGCUUGGCCACCUUCGUUCCUUCCACUGAUUUCCAACGCUAUUGGCAUUAAUCGAUGCAUCCACAAAUAUUAGAGAUGAAGAACUGAAGAAGCUUUGAUCGCAUUACAUAUUUGUGAAUUGUGAUGGGUGUUCUUGUUGGCUGAUUAGAAAUCUUCACACACACACAUUAUAGUUUAAAGACUUUAAACAAUUUAUAUUUUGAAUGGCCAAAUUACAUCUGAAAAUACACAUAGUUAUAUCAGGAUUUGUCUAAAGUUACAUGUCUAUUAACGCGAGUUACAUGUCAACUUU